GCUCAUGUAAUCUUCGUCAUGUGUGUGCGACAGCUGGUGAGAUACGGUGUCACACACGACAUGGGUUAGGGUGGACAGUUAUUAGCCGGGAUACACACGUAUUAUUUCUUCAGCUGUUUAUAUAGGCGCGGAGAGAUCAAAGAUUCAUCUGUAACUAACAGGUGGCGUGCUUCACAGCUGACCGAACUUCUUGUAUCGAAAACUACUUGCUAUUUACUCGUUAUCUUUACUGUAAUGCGGACAGGGAUGGAAACCUCCGUGUUAGUUUUUUUGUGUGCCAUUAUCAACACAUAUGUUUUCGCCAACCACACUGACUUUAGACCCAUGCACGAGAACGAGGUACCAUGUCGUCCAGAACAGGUUCACAUAGCCUAUGGUGACACAACAUCAGAGGUGGUGGUGAUGUGGGCCACACAAGAGGAGUGUACAACUUUGAUCAAUUAUGGUACUGACCCUUGGGGGCUGACCACAACACUUACUGGUCAGAUGUCACAUUUCACAGAUCUUAAUAGACAGGGACUACAGUGUCUACACAGAGUUAAGUUACAGGGCUUGACUCCGGAGACGACAUACUUUUACCGACCGGUCAGUGAUGGUAUUAGUAGUGGACCAUACUACUUCAAGACUCCCCCUAGUGGGCAGAUGUGGGAACCAGAGUUCCUGGUGUAUGGUGACCUGGGUGUGGAAUCUGACAGUGUACCUUACUUAAAUACAGAAGUAUUAGGUGGGAACUACACUGCUGUACUUCAUGUAGGUGACUUUGGCUACAACUUGAUGGACCAAGAUGGACAGGUUGGAGAUCAGUUUAUGAGAAUUGUAGAAGACAUAGCAGCUAGAGUACCCUAUAUGACUUCACCGGGAAACCAUGAGAUAGAUGAUGAUACCUUCAGUCACUACAGAUACAGAUUUUCUAUGCCUAAAACUGACUGGCCAAUUCCAUUGGAUAAGAUGUGGUACAGCCUGGAUAUAGGGCAGGUUCACUUUGUCAGCUACUCAUCAGAGGUAUUCUUCACCCAGCAGGGAGUUCAUGUGGAUGCUCAGAGAAACUGGUUGAUGGCCGACUUAAAACAAGCUAAUGACAAUCGUCACAACUGUCCAUGGGUGAUCGCAUAUGGUCACCGCCCCAUGUACUGCUCCAAUACUGAUGGAGACGAUUGUACCCUUGGAGCAUCAAAAGUUAGGCAAGGCCUGGAAGACCUUUUCUUUGACUACGGAGUAGAUGUAGUGCUCCAAGCCCAUGAACACUCCUACGAACGUCUGUGGCCCCAAUACAAAGGGGUUGUUCUGGCCAAGAACUACUCUAACCCUCAGGCUCCUGUACAACUAAUCACUGGUGCUGCCGGCUCAAGGCAUGGCUUUGAUGAGGAAAACAAAACAUAUUCUGACUGGUCAGCCUUCAGGAUGGAUGUUAAAGCCUUUAACAGUUUUGGUCGCCUUAAGAUUUACAAUGCCAGUCACCUGUACUGGGAGCAAGUGUCGGUCAAAAACAACAAGGUAUUGGACUCUAUCUGGGUCACUCAGGACACACAUGGUCCAUUCCACAAGGCUGAGCUUGACACUGAGAAGGCCAAGAAGAUUGAGGAUAAAGAGAAGGAUGCGGCAGUGAAAAACAAAGCUACGAAGACUGGUAUCCCGUCUCAUGAGAUAGUCAGCAUUCCACACAGUGGACCAGACAUGAGUUCAGUGGACACAAUUUCUCCCGACACAAGUAUUUCGGAACGAGCCCGCAGUUUGCUGGCAUCAAACAAUGUACGCUUAGCCCUUGGGGUCGGAGGAGGUGUCCUAGUACUAGUUGUUAUCAUCACUAUAGUUAUUCUACAGAAACAGAAGAAAAAGGCAAGGAAGUAUAGACGUUGGGAUGAGACGGUGGACUAUGGGCGUAAAUUUUACUCCUCGGGAUACUCCCAAGUCCACAAUGGGGAGAAGGACACUGAUGAGUUUGAAGUUGAAGUCAACGAACCUAGUGCACCAACAGCUAAACUUCUGACAGAAUGAUAGAUCUUAUUGGUUAAACUUUAGUCCUCAGAAGGAGAGAUCAAGUUUAGCCAAUCUACACUUGCCAGUUGUAUGAGGAAAUAUUCUUUUUCGAGGAUUUUCUCAUAAUGAUUUAUUGUGAUGUGAAUACGGGAUAGUUAUGAAAUCCAGAACGAUAAACUACAUUCCAUGCACGUUAUUUUGCCAUAUCACGGAUGUAUUUGUCUGCGGUAACAAACCCCUUGGUUAUGACUUUCAGAGCCCAGGUGUGACGUACCAGUGAUAUUUGUCGAAGUGCCUUAAAGUGUUCUUUGAAUUAUAGACACUAUAAUUGUAUACAGAAAUAUGUAACCUUUUGAAUUCUGUGAUACAGUUCUACUAAGACAAGUGUUUGGUACUAGAUACAUCAAAUAGGAAACGGUAAGGAGUCCAGCUGUGGAAUUAUGGAAUGUUGAUCAGCAGUCUAACUGUGGGGUGCUGGAAUAUAUCAGAUGUGUGGAAUGUGAUACACCUAUAUGUCAAGGGAGGCAAUGAUCUUUUUCUCAGUGCGUUGACAGCAUUAUUGUCUUGAUCUCACAGUUAAGUACUGAGGGAAUUCCCUAAGUGUACAUUUAUCUCUACAAGGUCAUUGACUCCUGAAGCAACAAUAAGUGCUCGUCUUCAAAUACUUACUUGAAAUGUACCUUUCAAAUUUUUUGGGGCGGAUUGUUAACAACGGAACCACAUCUAAGAAACGUUCACUCUGAAAAUUAAAAUAAAUAAAAACUUUUGGCUUUAAAUACUUAAAUAAGGGAAUAAAAAGCAAACAAAAAGUAUUAAUUGUAAUUUUUUAAACAGUUUUGUGAAAAAGAAAUAUGGAACUAAGCAUCAAGGUAUAAAAAUUGAGAUCAUUUAAAUAUUCAAUUAUUAUUUGACAUUUAUAGGAUAACUUGCUGUUGCAAUGUCAUUUAGUUGAAAGUAGUAUAUGAUGAGAGCACUUAUUGAUAAUUGUUUUGUCCAUUUUAAUGGCACUGUUACAGCAUAAAAUAUUGAUCAUCUUUAUGGCCAUCUCAUUAUUUUCAUGUAACAUUAUAUUCCAUUUCAUAACCACCUUAGUAAAAAUUGUUCAGUUUCUAAGACAUUCCCUCCGUAUAAAAUGUUGGUCUACUUUUAUAACAUUCUAACACCAUGUAUAAUUUUGUCCAUAUUGUUAUUGCAUGUUUCACUGAAGAAACGUGUUGUUGAGUUCCAUGGUGCUCUUAUUAGUAUAAAUCUUAAGUGAGACAUAAUCAUAUUAAUAUGCAUAAUAUGUUUUACAUUGUACAAAAGCCAAGACCUUUGAUAUGCUCUAUGGACCUAUGAUAUGCCCUAUGGACCUAUGAUAUACCCUAUGUUUGUAAAAGUGUCUUGUCACUGUGCCUGGAAGUGUUUCGAGAUAUAGACCUGUUCUUUUCUGAUAAUUUGUUUUUUUAGUUUCAUAUAUUAUUGAACUAAAAAACAAUUUGUGCUUACUUACAUUACUAAAUCUGUAUUGAUAGAAAUAAAAUGCUAAUCGCUCGGC